CCUUGCAUGUAGGGCUGGCUUUCCAUAUGUACGUGUAAACAGUUAUGGAAACACAGAGUGUGAUUGAUCGCUCAGUUUGGUAAUCAGAGCUAUGGCUUCCCCUUCCUCCUCUUCCGAGCGAACGGCUGAUGCCGCUGCCGCCGCCUCUGGCAACCCCGUUGAUGCGCCAGCUCCACGCGCUCCGGUUUCUGACGAGACCUCUGGCUCCGGCGGUCUUCCUCUUGCAGCCAUCCCACCCACCCCCUUGACCCUGCCUUCCUCCUCCAAUCCUCCCCCACCUCUCCCGUCCACCGUCGCCGGCGUCAUCGACUUCAAACUUGCGCUCGACGGCCGCAACUUCACGCGCUGGAGGAACUACAUCACCCUGCUGCUUGCGCGGCACCACGCCGAGGAUCAUGUCCGGUCCGUCUCGACUCGCCGGCUGGCCGACCCGGCAUGGCGUGAUGACGACACCACCGUCGUCCUUUGGUUCUACACCACGAUCGAGGGGGACCUCCUUGACAUCGUCGCCCCCGCCGGCUCCUCCGCCUUCACCAUCUGGACGCGGCUCCAUGAGUACUUCCUCGCCAACGAAGCUGAACAUGCUAUGCAUCUGGGCCAGGAGUUUCGGGCGUGCGUGCGCGGCGACCUCACCGUCCACGAGUACUGCCGUCGGCUGCAAGGCAUCGCGGCCGCCCUCGCCGACGUCCGUGAGCCCGUCACAGAUCGCACCCUCACCUUGCAGAUGCUCGAUGGGCUGGGGCCCAAGUUCGCGAUGCAGUCGGCGAUCCUUCAGUCCACCGUGCCACUUCCCACCUUCAACCAGGCGCGCGCCCGUCUCAUCCUCGCCGAACUAUCCAUGGACAAACAUGUCCGUGCUGAGGGGGCUCAGGUCCUCGCGGUGCAGCAUGAUGACCGCGGCCCCGCCGGCGACCGUGGUGGUGCGCGCGGUGGCGACCGCGGCGACCGAGGCGGAGAUCGCGCCCCUGCUGGCGGUGGUGGUGGCCGUGGUGGCCAGCUCGGCACAAACCGCAGCCAGCGCGGUGGGCGCGGCCGCGGCCGCGGCCGUGGGCGUGAUGAUGCCCCUGCUGGAGUGGUGCGGGUGCUCAGCCGUGGCUAGGCUACUUUGCACCGAUGGGCGCACCCUUCCCUCCGCUGCGCAGCCCGUGGAUUCCGCCGAACUCCGCCGGUGUCCUCGGCCCCCGCCCCGGUGCGCCCACACAGGCCUACCCGCUGCUGUACCCGCCUACUCCGGCCCCUCCAGGCCCUGUCUACGGCGCACCUCCAACCAGCUGGGACGCCGCGGCCAUGUACCACGCUGCCCCCAGCUACGGCACUGCCUUCCACCCCAACGCCGAGUGGAUCAUGGACACGGGCGCUGCAUCCCACGUCACUGGCGAUCCAGGAUCUAGCCACCAAGGAGGUACUUCUGAGGGUCAACAGUGAUGGGGACUUGUAUCCCUUCUCCGGAAAUAAUGGGCUUGCUCCCACUGCCGUCCUCACCAUCUCCAUGCACGACCUUUGGCAUCGGCGGCUUGGACACCCCGGCUCCUCUACUUUUUCCCAUUUUUCUCUAGAUUUUCUUACCGCAUGUAAUAAUGAUGUCCGUCCUUCCCAUCCAUGUAGUGCGUGUCAAAUGGGCAAACAUACACGCCUGCCCUUUGCCACGUCCACCUCCUACACUACCACCCCCUUCCAUUUAAUACACUAUGACAUUUGGACAUCUCCGGUUGUGAGUUAUUCUUGCUACAAAUAUUAUCUUGUUAUUGUUGAUGAUUAUAAUCAUUUUUCUUGGACUUUCCCGUUACGUACAAAAUCUGAAACAUGCGACA